AUGGGAGCUAACAGCUCAAAAUAAAAUUUGGAAAUAUUAAAUGAAUACAAUUUUCUCAAUGUAGCUUAAGAUGAUGGAUAUGGAGAAAUUCAAUUAUUUAGCAAUAAGAUCAAACGAACUGAUUAGAUGGCACUUAUAAAAUUUUACGAUUAAUCUGAUAUGGAAAAGAGGGCUAACUUAAUUCAAAUGAGGUAAAUGAUUAAGUAAUGUAGAAAAUAAUAAAAUAAUCAAUACUUUACAAAAAUAUUAGAUUAUUAAGUACAAACAACUGAGGAUUUAUGUAGUAAUAUAAAUUUAUUACAUGUUGGACUUGAAUAUUUAGAAAAAAGUCUUUAAGAUGAUAUCUUAAAUAGAAGAGCUAAUGAUAGAACGUAUUAAAUAAUAAUAUAAUUAAUAUAGUUAUAAUGAGGGAGAACUUUGGUAUUUAACAUAAACCAUACUAUCUGGAUUGAAAGAUCUUUAAAUGAAUAAUCUUCAAUAUUAAGAUUUACAUCCAAACAAUAUUAGGAUCAAACUAAAUGGUGAAAUUAAACUAUUAGAAUUAUGUUGCUUAGCUAAUUAAUAAAGUGCAUAUCAAAAAGUCUUUACAUAAUUAAGAGAAGUUGAAUAUCUUUCUCCUGAGCAAUUGUAUGUAUUAGAAAAUGAACGUUAAAAUGUAAUUAUCAUUAUUUAGUAUUUAAGGAUAAAUAAGAAUAUUCUAUUGAAAAACAAAACGUAUUUAUACUUGGUGUUAUUUUCUUGGUUUGUAUAACUAAUAUGGAUGUUAAAAAAUAUUAUAAUAAUUUUACUUUUAAUUCAGAAUUAGCUAAUUAAAAAUUGAAUAGUGCAUUUGAUAAGUACAAUUAUUCUGAUCCAAUGAAGCAUUUACUAAAAGAUCUAUUAUAACUUAACACCUAUCAUAGACCUACUUAUCUUGAAAUAUUAGAUAAAAUAUCUCAUGUAGAUUCUAGUAGAAUAUCUCCUAAUUUAUAUGCAUUGAAUAUGCAAGAUUAAGCUAUCAAAUCAACAUUACAUUUUAAAAAUCAAUCUAAUUUCACUUAAGAAUAAAUUAUAGAAAGUUAACCUUAAUCUCUUUAUGAAUAGCAUAAUCUUAUAAAUGAUUCAUUUAAUAGAUAAGUUACAUCUAAUUUCUAAGCCAAUAUAGAAUCUGCUCAUAUUACUGAAGUCAAUAAAUAAAACUAUGAUUUUGAAAUUGCUACUCAUUCAAAAUAUGAAUCAAAUCAUUAAUUAACUCCACUAACUACUUAAGAAGGAUUAGAUAAAAUCAGAUAACUAAAAGAAAGAUUUCAAUUAAUGAAAGGAGAAGUUCAUUAAUAAUAAGCAGCUACAGUACCUACUACUUUUACUCAUUAAGAUGAAAGUGAUACUUAUAGAAUACCUAAUUAAAAUAUUUAAAAUCCUUAUCAACCAAAUUUCUUAGAUAUGGAUCCUAUUAUAUAAAGAGCACUUCAAAAAAGUAGAGAAGUUAUGUCCAAAUGCAAUCCUUAUUAAACUGUUGAUCCUUAUGUUCCCAUUUUGUCAUCCUCAAAUGCCUCAUUUCUUCCAUAACCUGGAAUACCAUCCAUUAUUUAACCAAUUCAGAAUUCAUAAUUAGAUAAUUCUUAAUUCAAUUAAUAUUAUUAGACUUCACAAUAGAAUCCUUAAUUCCAAUCGCAAUUUAGCUAAUAUAAUCAAAUCAAUUAAGUUUAACCUCCAUCAAUAUCUUUAUAAUAAUCAUAAUUUUAGAAAUAACCAACAUUUUCACAACCAUUCUCUCCAAACCCUUAGUACAUUGAAUAAACAUCACCUUUAAAAAAACCAUCCGUAUCUUAAUAUGUUCAAUAGUAAACAUUUACACCACCAUCAUUUAAUUAAUAAUAAUCAAUGUAUAUAUCUAUUAUUAACUUAGGUAUCAACCUUAUGUAAGGAAUGAUGGAUUUUUAUGAU